AUGACACGGUGUACCUCCACGCCUCCAUUGCUGCCUCUGCUGGUAUGGAGUACGAUACUACACUGCCUCAUCGGCGGCGGCGGCGGGCGGGUGCACGCAUUCGGGACGGGGUGGCGACCUCUGUCGGAAUCGCAACCGUUCCGUCUGGGCGAUGGCAAGGCCGAGGGCGUCAAAGUGAAAGGGUACGAGGGCGAAUGGCCACUCUGGAGCGGCCUCCGUGCUGCUGCCUCCUCCUCCUCCUCCUCCUCCUCCUCCUCCUCGGCCGUCGCUCCCUCCGUUCCGGGUGGUACGACGCCCGUCGUCGAUGUGGGCGUCCCAGGGAAGGCGAAGGGAAAGGGAGAGGGGGGCGAGGCGACAUGGAAGUGUACCCCAGCGGGCGCAUGUCAGAAGUGUCCGGAUGAUGCCCGCCACCUCCCAUACUGCAGACCGUACGGCAACCGCCAACCACUCGUCUGCACAUCCGCAUCUGCGCCGUCGGCCGGCUCAGCAGCGACGACGACGAUACGGGCGUACGAGUCGUGCGGCAAGGUCGUGCAGGACGAGGCGCGGGACUUUUUGGAGUUUGUCAUGUCGACGGCCGUGAUUGCCGUCGUGGCCAUCACGGUGUUUGUGCAGCGCCAAAAGGUCCUCUUCCAGCGCCAGAACCAGCUCCUCUCUUUCCGCGUCUCGGGCACUCGAAGCGGUGGCGUCGGUGCCACGACAACGACGAGGAGCCGGAGAGCGGGCCUGUAG